AAUUACUAAGAAUUUGGCCUUUUAAAUUCCGAUCGAUCGAUCCACUUUGGCAGUCUUCAAUUCCAUCUACCGCCAACCUUUCCAUUUUCUGAUCAUCACUCCCUUCAAUUUCCACUGCUCCACGUACUCCGCCCUUAGCUUAUUGCUAUAUAUAUUCAUUCAAACCAGCCUCUUUUUAUUAUUAUUAUUAUUUUCAUUCAUUUAAGUCCCAUCGGCCAUGGUUUCAUUUCACUCAUCUUUAUCACCUCAUCAGUUGCUGGGACGACGAUCCAAAAAUCUCCAGAACCCAGACUUCUUCGAAAUGAGUUUACCAAAAAAGAGGAAAAGGUUAGUAGAAGAAGUAUCCGAAAGGUCACAAACCCGAAUCAUCAAUUCUCUUCUUGGAAUUGAACUUCCCCUCUUGGCUCCCCUUCCCUUGGAAUGGCAGAGAUGUCUCGACAUUAAGUCCGGGCAAGUAUACUUCUACAACACAAGAACCAAGGAGAAGACCACAACGGAUCCAAGAAUAAGUAGUCCGCCGGAAGAGCUGCCGGCUCCGGCGAGUUUGGACCUGGAACUAAACCUAUUAUGCGGAGGAGGGUCAUCGGAGGAACAACACCACGUCGGCGACAAUUUCACGGAGACCAAUGUUACUCUCAAAAACCCUAGUUGUAAUAAUAAAAUUAUCAAUGAUCCGAUUACCACUUCCGGUGAAGGUGCCGGCGGGAAGAAGAGAAGUGGGGGGUUUUUAAGUCUAUCCCGGUCUCCGUCGUGGUUGACAUUCGACGACGGAGAUCAGGAGGAGAUGGUGACGGCGGUGUGUGACAAGUGUCAUAUGUUGGUGAUGGUUUGUAAGGCUACCCCAACAUGUCCGAAUUGCAAGUUUGUAAACCACCCUGCUAGUUCGAAUCAUCGGUGGCCAAUAAAGUCUGUCCUGAAUUAGUUCAUUGGUAGUCCGUUCUCCUAAUGAUAAGUACAAUUAAUUACCGCACCAUGAUGUAUGUAUAUACUUUCUUUUAAUGCUUAAUUAAUUAUGAAGCGGCAGAAAAGAGUCAAAGACUACAAACUUUCGAUGAUCCGAUCCCAAGGUUUAAUUUGGAUCAUGAUUCAUGAGUCACGCUAUUUGAAAUUCUGAUUUCCAUUCCAUCGAUGAAUCUGUGAAUCUGUCUUUUAUUGAAGGAUUCUCAGGUGUUGUUGUAAUGACAUUAUUACAUUAGAUUGGUAAUCGGGAGCCUAACUAGGAGCGAAGGUUGUAAUGACAUUAUAUUACCCUGCUAUGGUACAUUAGUACCUUCAAGUUAGUGAACCUCGUCAACAAUAACCACUUAGAAUAAUUUUACAAUCGAAAAAAUUAGAUACGUACAAUAUCCUCAAUUUUUAUGGGUAUCAUGUCAUCAGCUUUUUAAAAUGAUCCGGAUGUGGCAUGUUUAAUUCCGAAUUCGACUAUUUUUAGAUCCCAUAUACUCCGUAUCUAUAAAAAAAAAGAAAAAAGAAAUCCUAUACCUAAAAGCACUACACCGGAAAGAGAAAUUUCUCCCGCCUAAGUGCUAUGGACCCAAUCGUAAUUUCACCAAUCCGCAAAAAAGUUACGCAUUUCUCCUCUUCUGCCGCCGCACCUUCUUCUUCCUAAAAACUACUUCUCUGAGUUCUCUUUUUCAGACGCACGCACUACAUCGAUCGUUAGCGCUAGAGGUACCAGUUUUAUUUUGUUCUGGAAUUGAGUUUAUUAUAAGCUCUAUCCUAUUCCGGCAUGAAGGAAUCUGAUCGGAAUUGUGACAAACGAUGCUUGCACUUAUUACUGUUUUUGCUGUAGUAGAGAAAAGAGAUCUGUCAAUUAGUUCCAUUUCAUCUAAGUAAUUACGCAGAGCGGCAGAGACUUGAUGAAACAAAACCAACAACACCAUCAGGAAGGUCAAUGUUCUUCUUUCGCUAGCUGGACGUAUAUCACCAUCUUCUUUCUUCACUCAAACUUAUUAACAAGGUGUUGCUUUUAUGAUUUGGACUGGACUGCAUCUAAUUGGCUCACUUUCCACGUUGCAGUUUACAAGGUGUUGCUUUUAUGAUUUGGGCUGGACUGCAUCUAAUUGGCUCACUUUCCACGUUGCAGUUUACAAGGUUUCAGAGAAGAAAGCCAAGGUGUGAUGUGCCUCUCAGGGAAUUGAAACAUACCUUACUUGGAGACCUCUUCUAAGGAAUGGUUUAACAAAAACUCAGCCUUCCAAUGUAAAUUUGUUGCACUCUAGAAUGAACCUGAAGCAUAUGUGUAAGUGUUGGCUUGUGACUUCUGUUGUAAAAGGCUAGAAGCUUAGCAGAACAAGAGUGCUAAAAGAGGACUACAUCUAAGUGUUGAGAUGGUUUCAUUCUCCUCAACAAUCACUGAGUCAGCUGAUUCUUAUCGUCAGCAGCAUGACAUAACUGUAUUUACAACAUGGCACCAGUUAAGAAAGUCAUGUCCGAUGUCACACUUAAUUGGAAUGUGUGUGAUGCGUUGCUAAUGCGUGUGACCAGAAAAUGGACGGUUCCUUUAAGAAACGACAUCAUGGGUUUACGAGUUUGUGAAUUAGUAUUGAUGGAUCAAGUGGUAAAUAAUCAAAUGUGGUAUUUAAUUGAACUGCAUCUUUAAUUGUAAUAUCUUUGUUGUUAAACUGCUUUCUAAGACUGCUUAUUUUGUUACAAUGCUUUUUUAACAGUUUUUGAAAAUAAUUGAAUCCUAAUCAGAUCUGAACAAAUCUCUAAAAUAGAUUUCUUUUUCUAAUUUUCUUCACUACUUUCCUAUAUAUAUUUUUCUCCUAACAUUUCCGGGGACCCAAAUAUAUCAUUUGAGAAACAAAAUAGUGUAAACUAUAUUUUGUUGAACUCAUUCUCUUUUUUUAAUCUUCUCAUCUAAAUGACUAAAUUUAAUUAAAAUUCAAAGGUUUGUUGCAGUAAUUCGCACAUCCGGAUUACCAAAACGACUCAGUUUAAACAAACUUGAUUAAGCCAACUAUAUGACAUAUGAUCUAUCAUAUAUCUAAAACUCUAAAUGCUGAAAUUCCUGUGAAUUACUUGGUGAAUCUUCUCAUCCCCUUCGUCACCAAUGGCAUACUAAAAGCUGCAUACAUUGCAAGUGUGCAACAGGAAAUUGAAAUAAUGAAUCGAAGAGAGUCUGUUUAGCACUUCUAGAAUAUCAUCUCCUAUAAGCUCUCAAUCACUAUUGCUUAUAUAUAGAAGAGUAUCUUUUGUACCCCUUUUGUGUUUUCGUAUGUCCUGCUGAAUUUUUAUUUAUCAUAUGCCCUUUUUCAGUUAAACAUUUUGGAAAGUUAGUCUUUUUUCUUCAAAAUAAUCACUAUGAAACAAAAGAAGUUUCCAAAGGAUAUUUUUAUAGUCUAAGAAGCUUAUGUUUUUUUCCAAAGAUAUAUUAUCCCUGUUUUUAUAGAAAAAAUAACUUUCCAAAUAUAUGAUUUUUUAGAGAUUAAAGGGUUUCUAUUUUUCUGAUUCUUUGAAUUGAGUACAUCAUUGCUAAAGUUAUUUUAGAGGCAGUUUAGAAAAAUUAUAAACUAAAAAAUCGAUUUAUUUUAGUUGUGUUAAUAUACAAUGUCCAUAUUUUUUACGAAAGAUGCAAAGGUUGUGAGGAUAUGAUUAAAAAAUAUACAAUGUCCAUGUACAUCAGUGUUCAUGUGUUCCCAAUUCACUAGCUACAUUGAUUUGGUUUAGUUUUUCGUUUGCAGGACGCUAUGGUUAAGGGCAUAAGGCAAAGUUUAGCAGGCCACAUCCAUUAAACAGUUCAUGUCGGUUAGAUAUACAUUUAAUUUUUUUAAAAAAAAAGAGAAUUCUCCAAUUACAGGAAAUUUCAAUGAACACGUGUCUAUAAAGUUUCAUCUUGAUUAUUCAAUUUGUUUUUUGAAAAUAGAAGAUUUUCUGCUUUGGAUUUAUUUUUUAAAUCAUGCCUAUAGAGUAGUGUUAACAUAAAGCUUAAAGUAGUCCUGUAAUAUAGAGAAGGCUUUAGUUAGGCAUGGGUUAGGUAUAGGGUUGGCUAAGACACCGGCCUAGAAAUGCUGGCCUUGAAAUGAAAUAGGUUAGUUGUCUGAUUUUUACUCUGAAUUAUUUUCGGUUCUAAAGAAAUAGUUUUCAAAUGGAAGCCUUAUGAAAAAUAAGUAAAUCUUAUACUUAAAAAAACUUUAAUAUUGGGUGAUCCUUGGUUAACUGAUUCCCAAGACCCAAGGGUGCAAUCGGGGUGUCCGUCAGGUUUGGAGGAAAGUAAGGAGGUCUGUUGCAAGUUAAUGGUAAGGCUUGGGUGGAGUGGACCAAGAUAUGGAAUUAUUUUGCCCCCCCCCCCCCCCCCCCCCAAGGUGAAGACUUUAUUUAAGUAGUUGUGUACCGGGAAUCUUCCAAGUUCUGAUCAGUUGAAAGUUCAUUUUCCGGAUCAUUGUAUGCUAUGUCAGGAUGAAAUGGAAUCAAUUCCCCAUCUGUUUAUUUCAUGCCCACUGGCCGUGGGGGUUUGGGAAAAGAAAGGGUGGACUGCUGCAAAUGGGUUAACUUGGGGUUAGUGGGGUUGCUGGAGUAUCUGGCAAGCUCAAAAUAGGGCUGUGUGGAAUAGUUAAGUGGUUACGGUUGCAAAUUUUGUUAUGCUGGCUGAUUCUUUUUUGAAGGCCUGGAGGGAAAGCUCAAGGGAGAGGAGGAACUGGAACUGGUUUGAGGAAAUCAGCUGGGAGCCUGGGAUAGAAGCGGCACUGUGGAAGAAACCGAAGCAUGGCAGACUUAAUGAACAUAGAUGCAGCGAUAGGUGAGAAUAGUCGCCGGGGCUUUGGCUGGGUUGUCCGUGAGGAGACAGGGAUUCGGGAAACACUCCGCUGCCUAAAGGAACUUCAUUGGGACAACAUUGAUAUAGAGUAGGAUAUGCUCCAGGUUGUCUCCGAUAUUCAUUCCGAUGGUGGAUCUUCUUUUCUUGGCAUAGCGAAUCGUGUUAAAAUUUUAUUACUACGGAUUUAUUAUGAUUUUUAACAUCAUUAGUAUUGAUUUUAUAAGACGGUAUGUGAAUCAUGUUGAGCACGAGACGGUUAGUUUUUAGAUGUAUACUUGGCACAUUCUUUCACACAUUAAUGUAAAUAGUUGCAAUAAGAAAAAUGGGUGUUCAUUUUAACAUUAAUAACAGUUUUG